GAGAGGUGCAUCAUUCAAUAUUGAAGGAAUCUUUGAGGAAGAAGAAGAAGAAGAAAAAUGGCGGACAGUUUCACGUACAGUGUUAAAUUAUUCUGUAAUUUAGCAAUUUUCUGCAUAUUUUGUGGCUUACUUUCCUGUGAUAACUUUGGAACAAACAGAUGCCCUGGAAAUCUUCCACAAGACUCAUAUCUACGUGUUCACGGGGACAAAUGUUACACAUUUAUAACCAACGAAGUUAGCUGGGCAUCAGCACGUGAUCAUUGCAGAAGAACCGGAGGACAUCUAAUUUCCAUCACGAGCCGUGAUGUACAGAUUUUUGUGGAACAAACAUUGCAAGAGAUUUGGUGGAGAAAUGGAAUGUGGAUUGGCGCUAAUGACAGGGACUCGGAAAUGGACUGGUUUUGGGUUACAGGUGAAAAGGUAAGCUCAGGGUUCCAGAAUUGGGACAGUGGACAGCCAAGCUGUUAUUUUCUUUGGUGCUAUGAAGACUGCGCAUGUUUGAGAUUAGAUGAGGGUUACAAGUGGCACGACCGUCUGUGUGACUCGCCAUUUUACCAGUACGGAUAUGCCUGCCAAUACAACUUGCUUUCUCUCCCAAAACAACAACAACAAAGAUACAGCAUCACCACCGCAACAACAACGACCCCAACAACAACAACCCCAACUAAAACAACCACAACUACAACAACCACAACUACAACAACCCCAACAACAACAACCCCAACUACAACAACCCCAACUACAACUACAACAACCACAACCACAACAACCACAACUACAACAACCCCAACUACAACAACCACAACAACAACGACCCCAACAACAACAACCCCAACAACAACGACCCCAACAACAACAACCCCAACUAAAACAACUACAACUACAACAAACACAAUUACAAGGACCCCAACUACAACAGCAUUACCAACACGAGCACGAACAAGUACAGAAACUACGAGAAAGGAAACACCAAUUAAAUAUAGGAAAACGACAUCAGUAAAGAAAACAAAAAGUACAACUAAACCUGAACAAACAACGGAGCUCAAUGUAUCUAUGUGGGAAGCAACAGGCGGUAUGGUAGGGAUUGUGAUGUCAUGUGUUCUUCUUUUCAUUGUCUGUCUUGUUGGUGGUCUCUUCAUCUGUAGAAGGCGUUACAGAAAGCAGACCGUUGGAUGCAACAAUGUUUUAUUCACAGCCUCUCCUGCUCAUGAAACACGGUACAGGGUCAAGGUCACAGAUGUUGUAGAUGUGUCAGGUGCAUAUAAUUGCACCUCUGAUGAUGCGGAUGAGCACAGCUAUGAUUAUAUUGAUGAGGGAGCGGUCGGAGGGCAAUAUGACUAUAUAGAUUACCUCCCUGUAAAGAUAUAAAUGUCUAUGACACUGUCACUACACACGAAGUUGCGGGGCCUGGGAAAGAUGCAACAGGGGCUUGUGGUGAAGAUGUCCCGCCCCCAUGCCCUGGAAUAAAUUUUAUAAGGUUUGUUCGGGAAUUUUUAAAGGAAGACACCGAUGUAUCACAAGCAUAUUCCAAUAAUUUUAUACCUAUAACAAGUUACCAUUUGGUUGAUAAAACAGGAAAGAUGGACAGUGAGCUAAUUCAGUCAUUUUAUAGCCUUCUUAAAGAAGAGUAUUAUAAUUCUCCAAAACUGAAGAGCCAUAAUCCUGUAAUGCGAAUAGUCAUGUUAUGUUUAUGAUCUGGUUAGAUAUAAGUGUUUGCAUCUUUUUUACCUUUAUAGCCAUUGAAUGGAUUAACAGAAAUAUUUUCAGGAAAUAGAUUAUUAAAUGCUGUAUUUGCAAAUAUAUAUAUAUAUAACUAAGUUGGCUGAAAAAUACAGAAGCCUUGUCAUAAUACUUGCUGUUAGACAUUAGGCAAAAUCGAGAACAUUUGUCAAUAGUCAUUCACGAAAAAAAAUAGAUGAUGAAAUGUCAUUGGGUAGAUAUUGAAACUGAAUACAUUAAAAUGGGAUGUAGAUAAAUGUUAUUUUCCAUUGCAAUUUUUAUGUAAUAUCAUGCCUUACCUAUUGUAAACAAGUCAGCAAUAUCUUGUAAAUUAUAUUCACGAUUCAUCCAUGUAAGAAUGAUGUGAGUUUUAGCUAUUACUUUCUGUAGGAGAUGAAAGUUUGAUCAUAUCUGAUAUAUCAACUAUUUAUCCCUUUAGUGCAGCAAACAUUUGUUUUGGUUGUUGUUUUACCUUUAGCCUGCUAAAUUUCUAAACUGGACUAGUCCAUCAUUCUAUUUGCGCAAUACCCAUGAUCGACUGCGUGCUGGCUGGUCUUGGUCUGCAAUGGUCGCAAAGCCAGAAACACUUGCCACCAGCAGGCUAAAGCUUAAAAUCAACUAAGUGUAAUCAGGAAAUGUUCACCCAGGGUUUAUGUGAAGGAGAAUUUAGUCAUUUUUAAAGUUUUUUUUCUACUAAGUAUUGAGUAUUAUCAUACCUCAUUUUAAUUGCCAAUGAAAAAUUCGCAUAAACAAACAUUGAUUAUUCUUAAACGUUUACUGCCAGAGAAACUUGAAGUUUUUAGUGAUUCGCACAUUUUUUUAAAUGCAGGGCAGCUCAGUAAUGGUAUGUAUGUCUCUUAUAGAUUAGAAACUUUGCAGAUCCAGAAUUAAUUUGUAUAUAUUUAAAAGCAUUCUAGUUUUUGGUAUAAUACAAUAAAUACAAAUGUAUAUUUAUUUUCAUCACAUUGCUUUUCUUGGGAGAAUUGAAAAGAAACUUUCACUAACCUCAUCUUUACCUCAAUUGUCAGCUAUCUCAUCACCUUGAUAAUAUUUAUUUUCUUACUCGAAGCAACAGGAUGUUUAUAUAUUUUCCCAUGUUUUAGUGGUCAGCUACCUUCAAAGUGGCAAAACCUAUUUAUAUCUAAAAUAAUCCUGAAUUGUCCAUUUUUUAGAAUUUAUGAAUACUUGUGUGCAAUAUUCUUCAUUUCUAUAGUGAUUUGAACUAUAAGUCAGAUUUGAAUAGCUCAAGGUAAAGCUUAAAACUUAGUUGAGAUAAGAUAAUUUUAUUGUCAAGUAUUUAUUAUUAUUGUGCUUUACAUUAGGUCCUUCUUAUUCCCCAAAGGUAGGAAUAUAAUUAUCGUUCACUGUGUCUGUAUGUAUGUUAGUUCAUUCAUCUAUCUGAAAAAAAAAACACUUUUAAGUCUGCUUGAUAACUUAAUUAAUUCAAGCAAUACUUAUGAAACUUAAGUGGUAACUGAUGAGAAGGUGUAUGGCCUUUACCUCCGAGGUCAAUGUCACAGACACUUGUCUUCUAUUUCUAGGGCAUCUGUACCUUAGUCUUGGCAUCAUUUGUUUAUUCUAUUUUGUCUAGUUGAGGCUACAUAAACAUAUACACAUUUUCCGAAGUAAUGUGUAGCUACAUGCUAAAUUCUUAUAGUAAAUAUUAAUGUCCUAUAUGACAUUAUUAGCAUUAUCUGCAGACAGACGUGAUAUUUACAUUGUAAGAUCAGUGUCAAGGCAAAAGAUACCUUGUUGUAAAAUACACUUAUGUGUACCUCUUAAAUUUUGUUGGUCAUGAAUAUUCAUUAACAUGAUUUGAGAAUAUAUAAUUAAAGUCAUUUAAACAGGUUUAGAAAUAAAAUACUUUGAUCUGCCUAAGAGAAAUACGUGUUUCAACAGAGAGCAGUUUUGAUUAGAACUAUACCACAGUUUUACUUAAAUGAAUAGAAAUCAUAGCUGCUCAUGGGUUUCUGUUAAAUGUAUGAAGUAUUCAUUUUCUGUUAUAAAAGUAUUUUUUCCUGGUAUUGGUGUUUUCCAUAGUAAAACAUUCUCACAUAGAACUUUUUCAGUACAUACCAGAGUUAACAGACUUAACUUUCAUACCAUUUUUCUUUCUUGUCGUUUCCAUUGCUUUGUACUCGAGCCAAAACAUUCCGUUUUUACAUUUUGAUCAGAAUUUACUAAUGUGUUCUUACAAAUGGUACUAAUGCCUAAAUCAAUUCUAUACUACGUACAUAUCAGACAUGUAAGUCACUUCAGAUCUCAUAUUACAUUUUAGCUCGACUAUUCGAAGAAUAAGUAGAGCUAUCCUACCCACCACGGCGUCGGCGUCACACCUUUGUUUAAGUUUUUCAUACCAGUCCGUAUUUUGUCAAAACCUUAUUAGAUAAAGCUUUGAGACUUUCAGCACUUGUGUGCCAUCACCAUGUCCAAUUUUGGGCAAGGGUAUAUAACUCCAUCAAGGUCUUUGACUGAAUUAUGGCCCCUUUUAACAUACAAAUCUUGGUUAAAUUUUUCUUACCAGUUCAUACUUUGUGUAAAGUGUUCAACAUAUGGCUUUGAAAAAAAAUGUGAUACCAUUUCACUUUCUUAUUAUGCCAUUGCUUUGUACUCGAGCAAAAAUAUUCCAUUUUUACAUUUUGUGGGACAAACAAACCAACAGGUUUCAAAGCGUAUGAAUACUCACUGUCAUGACAUAAGAAAUUAUGAUGAAUCGAUUUCAAGUUAUUUGUCCAAUGUCGCUGUUCACUUUAAUGAAAAUGAUCAUUCUCUUGAGGGUUUUUCUUUUAUGCCGGUUGAUGUUAUUCAUGUUGAUAUGAAGAAACUAUGCAAAGAAACUUUCUGGAUACACAAACUUAAAACAUUAUGUCCAGACGGUAUGAAUGCUAAAGUGAUUUACCAUGCUUAACGACUACAUAUAUAUUUUAUAGAAACUUUUCUUUUCUUACUGAUCCGAUAGCCUGAUAUUACAAAUAUACCUUUUGUUGCAUUUUUUGUUAAAUGCAUUUUGCCGCUUAUUUAUGUAACGUUGUUAAGCACGUUGGCGCUAUUUUUCACGCUGACGUUACGUCAGUUCCGCUAUUUAUGUAUUAUUCUAACACGAUCUGCAGCAAUUGCUAUAUAAACAUAUAGCGAAAUCGUCUAUACAUGAAUCUACGAUAAAAUAUGGUUGGCUGUUACAUUUCACCCCCUAUGAUUGUGGCCUAAGAGAUUCUACUUCAGUUCCAUUACAUACAAAUUAUUUCAGGGCCAAACGGUUGAAAACAGCAUUUCAAAAGCAUUAAUUUGAUAAAAAGUCAUACUGACUUAUGUGUAGGACCGUAUUUAAAACACGUUUCGAUCACUACGAGCGAAUUCAGUUAGCUUAAUUAAGAUUCAGCGGUGACGUCAUAAAUGUAUGACAUAAAGUAUGACGUCAUAAUGAUGUGACGUCAUAUAAAGUUAAGCUCGUAACUUGUAACACAGGGUCAACUCGCCUAAUUUGAUGAUUCUCUUCAUAAUUAGUUUGCGAGCUGUUAGAUUACUAAAUUAUAAAUACUUCUCAAAAUUCUGAUAAAAAGAAACAAAAUUCUAUACGUUCCAUUGGCUAUGCAACUCUUUCUAACCGUAGGGGGUAAAUUGUAACAGCAUAUGACCCGAAUGACGUAUUACGCUGAAAAUGUAGUACUGUAAAAUGUGAAUUAUUUGCGUUGUUAGAAUCGAAAUAAUAAAUAUGUUCCAAUAAUUUUAUCAAUUAAUAAAACAUGGGCAGUCGUUUGGAUGCGAAUGAUUAAAUCACUCGUGCUACGCACUCGUGAUUUAAUUAUUACGCAUCCAAACUCCUGCCCAUAUUUUAUUAACUGAUAAAAUAUAGGAACAGAUAGAUCUAUAUUAUUUCUUAAUUCAUAUGAAGCCUUUCGGCGAAACGUCGGUAUAUUAAAAUUGUAAUAGUUUUUUGUGUUUGGUGGUAUUUUUCUACUAUAUUCAACAUAUGGCUUUGAAACUUUGAUCGCUUGUUUAUUAUAAAAGUCUCUAUCUGUAGGUAAGGGUACAUAACUCUGUCAUCUUUUUGGCUGAAAUAUGGCCCUUUUUGGACUUAAAUAUUGGUUCUUUUUUAUCUUACAAGUCCUAAUUUUGACAAAACUAUUUGAAACUUUGAACACUUGCUUAACAUCAUAAUUUCCAUCUGUAGGCAAGAAUAUAUAACUCUGUCAACUAUUUUGGCUGAAUUAUGGCCCUUUUGGAUUAGAAAAUUUGUUCAGUACAAGUCAACGUUUUGUCAAAACUAUUUGACAUGUGGCUUUUAAACUUUGCCACUUCUUUAUCGUCAUGAUCUCCAUCUGUAGGCAGGAGUAAAUAGCUAUGUCAGCUAUUUUGUCUGAAUUAUGGCUCUUUUUGGACCUGGAAAUCAGUUUAAUUUUUUCAAACCAAUCCAUAUUUUGUCUAACCUGUUUGUCAUAUGGCUUUGACCACUUGUUUACCAUCAUACUCUAUAUAUAUAGGCAAGACUACAUAACUACAAAGACUUUUGCCCAUUUAUGGCCCUAUAAUAUAGAAACUAGUUAUGUUUCACAUACCAUUCCAUAUUUUGUCCAAACUGUUUGAUAUAUGGCUUUGAAAUUUUGAAUACUUGUCAUCAUGGUCACACAGCUACUAGUAUAUAGUGCAAGACUUAUCCAAAUCCAUAAAUACAGGUAUGUUGUUUUUUUAUCUUUUUUUCUUCUUUUGUCUGAAAAUCCCUGGUAAUAUUUUUGACCCCAUACUUCCACCAAUUCUUCGAAUAGUCUUGUUUGUUUGUUAUGGUACUGUACAAUCAUCAUUAAUAUAAAUUGGGAGCUUAUUUUUACAUAUGUCAUAAUUAUCUUAAAUUAUAAGAUUAAUUCCAGAUGAAAAGAUUAAAAAACAAUUUGUCUUUGAAAUUAGAAAUAUUGGAAUUAAUGUCCCCACAAAAGGACCAUUUCGAACGAAAAAAAAUCAGCAAAAUUCAAAUAUAUGUGAUAUUUUGUUAGUGUUUAUGGAAAUUGUUAAUUUUCAUUAUCGCUGUCAUAAAGAUGAGACAAUCUAAGUAUGAUCUGGAGAUUGGGCUCCCGUGGCCGAGCUCGGUUACAGAUGAUGUGUGCAUCUAGUCAGUUACCGGCAUGUACCAGAAGUAUGUCUGGCCUAAGGGGUCGCUUGAGUUUCCUGGUACUUGGAAGUUUCAGUAAAUACAUUUUUGCUGUAGGUGACCUUAAAGGUACUUUAACAAAGUCCUUGUUAUGAUUUUUAUUCUUUAUUUCAUUUUAUUUAGUAGCUAUCCAGCUGGUAUAAAAUUGGGAAAUAGAUUUUAGUUUUGCUUUGUUAGCAAAUAAAACACGAUUUUGAGUUCAGACCGAUCUGAACGAAAAGUCGUGUUUUAUUUGCCAACAAAGCACGCAAAACUAAAAUCUAUUUCCAUUCUAACACGUUCGAAUUACACCAGGAAGGGAUACUAAUCUGGAAUCCUUUUAUAGGCGGAAUAUCCAAAAGUAGGUCAUAUUGUGAAACGUGUUUUAAUCAAUAAGACAAUACACGGUAAAACCCAUUCUGUAUUGUGCAUAUAAUCAAGUUGGAUUUUUGAAGCAACCCGUUUACAAUAUUUUUCCUUUACAUCUUUUUGUGUG